UUGUAUUCAGUGCUUUUGAAGCUUUCGUAGAGGUUGGACGUUCGCUGAUUUUAAAUUUGGAACGUUCAUUUUUACGCAACUUGAACUGAGAUGAGAUUUUGUUCGUUAUGAUUUUUGAUUUUUUCUUUGGUUAUGAAUUAAAUGAUGAUUUUAAAAAUCAAUAGACUCGAUUAGAAUAAUUAAAUUGUUCUUAACGUGCUGUGAAUGUGUAUUAUCUAAGAUGGUUGAGAGAAGUGUACUUACGUUUACAUCGUUAUUCCUUAUUGGAGCUGUAACCAGUAAUUUGCACGUAGAGCUGACAGUUGACCCACCAGUAGUCAUCAGGGAUAUUCCAGUCAUGCUAAUAUGUUCAAGAAAUAUAAAAGACGAAGAGGUGUACACUGUGAAAUGGAGCCGAGGGACCCACGAGUUCUUUCGAUACACACCAAGAGAUGAACAUCCCUUUAAACAGUUUGGUUUACGAGGAUUGUCAGUCAAGCUGUACGGGUCAAAUGGCACACAUGUCAUGGUGAAUAUUUUCGAACAUGAACUAUCAGGUGACUUUAGCUGCGAAGUUACAUCGGAAUCGAGUUUCAUCACAAAAAAUGACACCAAGUUUAUUGAAGUUAUUGCCUUACCUCCCUACGAUCCAAUACUGAAGACUAACGAGGACCGAUACAAGCCUGGAGAUGAACUGAUAGCGAAUUGUACCUCGGGCCCAGCGAAACCCAUACCAAAUCUAACAAUAUCUGUCAACGAUGAACCGCUACGCCCUUUAAGCACGACGUGGCUUUCGUCGCAUGAUAGGGCGCGAGCUAUCGUCAAGAUGAAACUGACUCCGGCGCACUUCUCCGCCGGUCUGAUGCGGCUGUCGUGUCGCGCCUCCAUCUAUGACGUGUACGCGAGAAAGCGAAACGUGGACUUCUUUGCGCCUAAUAACGGUCCUAGACCGGAGAGAAUAACACACAGCAGCAGCGCCACUUCAUGCUUUAUUAAUUGGUUCCUGGUAUUGUUAUUGUUAUUCUUACCUAUGGUUAUUUGUCAAGAUUAUGAAGAUUUAUUAGAAACUGCAUCUAAUGAUGCAUUCCAAUACUACGACGAAGAAAGUGAAAUUAACGCAAUGAUAUCUGCUAUUGGUUAGAUUAACUUUGAAUGCAGUUGGACCUAGAAAAGCGAGAUAUGUAGUACACGACCGUAGUAAGGGAGAAAAUUGGAUUAGAGAGAAAUGAGCACAGGAAGAAAAUCCUCUUUAUGUGCAACUCUUCUAACUAUUAAGGUUGGGCAAUGUUUCUGUAAUCGGUCUAUGGGCGGUCACUCAACCAUUUUGUUGGAUUCAGGAGAUUUUUUUUUUAUAAUGUAAGGUGGCAAACGAGCAAGCGGCCACCUGAAUCCACCGAAAUGGAAAGCCACC